GAGCGUGGGGCGCGGGGCCGCGGUGAGGCACGGGCGGCCGCCUCGGCCUGGAGCGCGUCCAGAAGGAGUGCGGUGGAAGAAUGGUGGUCAAGGUGGUGGAGCGUCCCGAACACGGGCGCCGGCUCCUGGGAGGGACUCUUCGGAAUCCGGACACCUUAGGGCUCCUGCUUGAAUUUUCUGCGCGGCCGCAGGCCAAUCCCCUUUCUGAGGCUCAAUUUCAGCGGCUGUAAAGCGGGAGGAUGGUUCUCGCCAGGCCAGGCCUCCUUUUUCAGGAUCGUUUGAGGGGCUCAUCUGAGAAAAUGGAGUCCAGGCCACUUUGUGAACCUCAAAGUCAUGUAAAAACGGUGUUGCUGUUGAAAACGGAGUGUGGAGCCGCCGGGAGUGGAGAGCCCAGGGGUAUUGAGGGCCUGAGGGAGCACAGGUGAACCCCGCUGUGGUCUCUGCGCGUAUGAGCGGAGUCAUCCAGAGAGCCGGCCCGACCAGGCCCCGGCCCUCCUAGGUUUGGGGGUGCGGUGAAUGGACAGUUAGAGGUGGUUUCCGAGAGUGCUAGCCCCGCGGAGGAAGUGAAAUGAGACCGGCUGGAGCGUUAAGGAGGGUCUGGGGAGACCUGGAUGGUCGGGGAAGGCCCUGUGAGGAGGUGAUGUUUGAAUGGAGGAACCGAAAGAAGGGACAGCGUUCCCGAGAGAGACGGACUAGUGCAGAGCCCCGGGAGGAAAAGCGUCUGGUGUGAGCGAGGCUGGAGAACCCUCUCACUGUCCUUGCCGUUAACUCCUCUACCCCCGGGCUGAAGUCUGUGAACUACGGCAAAGGCAGAGGAGAGUAACUCUCCAACUUAAUAGUCAGUUCGAGUCAAGGAAAAUAAUAGCCAUCAGGUACCACGUAUACAGACUUCUCGGCCGGAAUCUCCAGGGAUGACCAGCCCCUCCCCGCGCAUCCAGAUAAUCUCCACUGACUCUGCAGUAGCCUCACCUCAGCGCAUUCAGAUCGUGACAGACCAGCAGACAGGACAGAAGAUCCAGAUAGUCACCGCAGUGGACGCCUCCGGGUCCCCCAAGCAGCAGCUCAUCCUGACCAGCCCAGAUGGAGCGGGAACUGGGAAGGUGAUCCUGGCUUCCCCCGAGACCUCCAGCGCCAAGCAGCUCAUAUUCACCACCUCCGACAACCUUGUCCCCGGCAGGAUCCAAAUUGUCACUGACUCUGCUUCUGUGGAGCGUCUGCUGGGGAAGGCCGAGGUCCAGCGGCCCCAGGUGGUCGAGUACUGUGUGGUGUGUGGCGACAAAGCGUCGGGCCGUCACUAUGGGGCUGUCAGCUGUGAAGGCUGCAAAGGUUUCUUCAAAAGGAGCGUAAGGAAAAAUCUGACCUAUAGCUGCCGGAGCAACCAAGACUGCAUCAUCAACAAACACCACCGGAACCGCUGUCAGUUCUGCCGGCUGAAGAAAUGCCUGGAGAUGGGCAUGAAGAUGGAAUCUGUGCAGAGUGAACGGAAGCCCUUCGACGUGCAGCGGGAGAAGCCGAGCAACUGCGCUGCGUCGACUGAGAAGAUCUACAUCCGGAAGGACCUGCGAAGCCCUCUGAUAGCCACGCCCACGUUCGUGGCGGACAAGGACGGAGCAAGACAAACAGGUCUUCUUGAUCCAGGGAUGCUUGUGAACAUCCAGCAGCCUUUGAUACGUGAGGAUGGUACGGUUCUCCUGGCCACGGAUUCCAAGGCUGAAACAAGCCAGGGGGCCCUGGGCACACUGGCAAAUGUGGUGACUUCCCUUGCCAACCUAAGUGAGUCCCUGAACAAUGGUGACACUUCGGAAAUGCAGCCGGAGGACCAGUCUGCGAGUGAGAUCACUCGGGCGUUUGACACCUUAGCUAAAGCUCUUAAUACCACGGACGGCUCCUCGCCCCCGAGCCUGGCGGACGGGCUGGACGGCGGCGGAGGGGGCAGCAUCCACGUCAUCAGCAGAGACCAGUCCACGCCCAUCAUCGAGGUCGAAGGCCCCCUCCUCUCAGACACUCACGUCACGUUUAAGAGCUGCCGUCCCUCGGUCCCCCGUGCCGUGUGCUCUCUCCCCCAGCUCACCAUGCCCAGCCCGAUGCCGGAGUACCUCAACGUGCACUACAUCUGCGAGUCCGCGUCCCGCCUGCUCUUCCUCUCCAUGCACUGGGCCCGGUCCAUCCCGGCCUUCCAAGCCCUCGGGCAGGACUGCAACACCAGCCUGGUGCGGGCCUGCUGGAACGAGCUCUUCACCCUGGGCCUGGCCCAGUGUGCCCAAGUCAUGAGCCUCUCCACCAUCCUGGCCGCCAUCGUCAACCACCUGCAGAACAGCAUCCAGGAAGAUAAACUUUCUGGCGAUCGGAUAAAGCAAGUCAUGGAGCACAUCUGGAAGCUUCAGGAGUUCUGUAACAGCAUGGCAAGGCUGGACGUGGACGGCUACGAGUACGCGUACCUUAAAGCCAUAGUUCUCUUCAGCCCCGAUCAUCCAGGUUUGACCAGCACAAGCCAGAUUGAAAAAUUCCAGGAAAAGGCCCAGAUGGAGCUGCAGGACUAUGUACAGAAAACCUACUCGGAAGACACCUACCGGUUGGCCCGGAUUCUCGUCCGCCUGCCGGCGCUCAGGCUCAUGAGCUCCAGCAUCACGGAGGAGCUGUUUUUCACCGGCCUCAUCGGCAACGUCUCCAUAGACAGCAUAAUCCCCUACAUCCUCAAGAUGGAGACCGCGGAGUACAACGGCCAGAUCACCGGAGCCAGCCUGUAGCUCGCACGCCCCCACUGCCGGGCUGGGCCCAGUGCCGCUCGGACAGACAGACAGGUGGCGCCUGGUACGUGCACGGGUCUCCAGUACAUUAGCUGCUUCCUGUUAACCCCAGACAGUAGCAACUGAAAGACUAGUAGGAUCUUUUCCUGCCAUAAGAAAUGUUUUAAUGCCUUUUGAUGAAGCAGCAGAUUUUGGAACAAUCUUUUAACUCAAUUUGUAUUUAGAAAUUCUCAAAGGGCAAAAAAAGAAAAGCAAAGUUUUAUAACGUCAGAGACUAGUAUUAAAAAAAAAAACUAAAAACUAAAAGAACCUAAGAGAACAGUAUGUGUGUAUAUAUUAAAAAUGUCCUUGGAAUUAAUAGCUACUAAUUACCAGGGUAAUAAUAUUAGCACUUUCUAAGCACUUCUUAUCAAUGUGUGAUGUUCGCAACAUCUUGCCUUUGUGCAGGGCAAAUGGAAAACUGUGUCUUUUGCCGAAAUGCUAAUGAUUUCUGUGAAAAUGCAAUAGGGUACAGGAGACAAUCAUUUGUGUUUAAGGAAGGCAGGCAUCAUUCCUAACUGUACGCGCACAUCGCUGGUGUCGAGCUCGGCUCCGAGGAGUGGGUGAGAUGUGGCUUAUCUGUCCGUGCAGUCAGUGGGGUUGUGGCAGCACGGCCGUGGUGACGCAGACUCGAAGCUUCCUCAGCCAGAGCUCAUGCUUGUCGGGGGCCCUGGCCCUGCCUGCUCUGACGGGCCGCGCAGGCUUCUCCAAACCCGGGCUCUCUUCUGGUGACUGGUUCUCAGAAUUGGAUUAGACGAGUCAGACUUUAACUGCCAAUUCCUGCAGCGACCGAAAACGUCCCCAGCACACCUCCGCCACCCACAGCCGAUGAAGUGUUCUGACCAAAAGGUGCAAGGUGGGCAUUUUGAACCCUUAACAGGACUUCCUGACUGCAGUGUGGGGGGCUGCACGUGGUCAGGUGGAGGAGUGGGAGGGCUCCCUUCUCAACAGUUUCCACCCCGGAUGCCCCCUGAGAAGGGCCUGUGUUCCUGCAGUUCGGGCAGAGGUGGGUGUUGGCACCCAGUGGGACGGUUUUCAGUGUCUCCAGACUCAGCACCUCUGUCAGCAGGUCUCUUGGUGGUCCUGGCACCUCUCGCACUUGAGUUCCACAGAGUUGUGCCCGCAGACACCCCUGGAGUGUCCUGGAUGGCGGGUGCAGAAGCAGGCCGCCUGCUCCUCAAAACCACCCCUAAUUCCCAGUUACCUUCUCCUUGUGAGUUACAGCGGCCGUCGCUUACAACACAGAAUGUGGUUUGGGGGCAGUUGUGUCAGAGGAAAGCACCUGUAAACUCCCACAGAUGUGAAUAAGCAAUGGGGCUGGGUCGGCACGUGGUACUUCCUUUCUGUGUAGCCCAGGUUAAGAAAAUACAGUGUGAGGCCAAAGCGGCAUCUCUCCAAGCUUUCAUCAGAGGAUGUCCUGAGCACUCGUGCCUCCAGGCGUCCUGGUCCGUCUGGACGCGCAGCCCGACUGUGUAAAGUGGAGGGGAGCGAGGCAGGUGCCCGCGGCUGUGCGUGGGUGCUGGGCUGCUCACAGCAGAGCGGGCCACUUUCCUCUGAAGUUGUCGGCACCAAAAUUUGGAUUUGAUUAUAUUAUUUGUAGUUCAUGCUUUGGGAGCAAAUUUGAGAAAUGGUAGGGGUGCCCAUUAUAAAAUGAUGGAAAGGAUUUAAUUUUGCCAGCUUAAAUUCUUGGUUUUCUAACUUUGAAGUGAUUUAAAUUUCAAAAUUAAGAUAAAACUGGCCAAGAGGAUGGCCAAGGUAGGUGUGUGUCAUUUCUGCUUGUGAAGGAUUUUCGCAGAGGGCAUUUUGAAGCACGUGUGUGUGUCUUACACAGCAAGUUGCCUAUUUUUCUGUUCUGCUUUUUGAAUGUAAGCAUGUCUGUGGGUGACGUAGCAGCUCCCUGGGAACACGUGUCACGUCUGAGCUCUUGGUGGUGCAGAGGUUGGUGCUGGCUGGCUCCCCUCCUUCCAGGGGCAGGCCUGUGUCUCUGAGGCUUAAACCUAGACUGAGGUCCUGACCACGGCACUGUGGAGGCGUGUCGGGAUGGGGAGGCGUGAGCACUCGGGCAAGGAGUGACAUGCUUCAGGAGGGCCGCUGGUUCUACCCGGCCCUGCCCCCGAGUCCCUUCACUGGUGACAGCUGAUUCCAGUGGACCGCUGUGGGCUUUGUACACACACGUUUCCCGGAGCCUCUUGGCCAGACCUGGAAGUGGGCUUUUCCUUGCGAAUCGGCUCCAGGUUCCCUGAAUUCUCGCUGUCCCCAUCAUCUUAGGCCUUUGCCAGCGGGUCCAUUCCCUCUCUUGGCAAACUGGUUAAGAGAAGCCCAAAGGCAAUUACUUAAGGAGAUUGCAAGCAAAUAUUUGGGCUCAACUUUCACAAGGGUUUUAACCUCUUGAAAGUUUGUUAAACUCUGGUUUAGUGAUGUGAGACCAGCCCUCUGCCGCCUGAAUCUGAGCGGAAUAAGCCAGGAGCGGGUCCUUUGCCACGGAGCGAGGUCCCAGGCCACCUUCCCCAUCCCCCCUUAGCAGGGGGGUGGGACGGACACACUGUCACUGCUCAGUGACGUGCGCUCUCUUCCAGAGCUGUUUCAGGUGACGCUGGACAGUUAGGUGUUGGAAUUUGUGGAGUUCAUUACAUCUAAUCUCAAAACAGAACAGGGAGAGAUUUAGAAAAAGACCAAAUUACUCAAGCAUUUUCCAAGUUAUUUCUGGGAAGUAUUUUUACAGAAAUGUGUUACCACCCUUGAUUUGAGAUGUCUGUAUGGGGUGGGGGGGUACAUUAUUUAUUGUCUAGCCUUUGCCAUGAGGCUGUGGUUGGGGUUCCUUUGUCGUUUGGGUUUUGUAUUUAAUUUCAGGUGUAGUCACUUGUAAGAUGUUGUGUAACUGCCCUCAAGAGGGAUUGUUUUCUAGCCUGUCAGUGUCAGUAUUAAACGUGCACUCUGUCCCGAGGCGGUGGCGAUGGAUGCGGCGCCGGGAUGUGGGAAGCCACGCACUGGAAGGGCUUGUGCUGUAGCGGUGCCGUGACUCGGGGAAGAGGGGCACGUCUGCCCCACCAGCAGCCCUUGGCUGGGGAUCCAGGUGCCAGGGCCUGAUGAGAUUAGACCCUGGCAGCGCCCUGCCCACCUUCCAGUGGAAGUGGCCCAAGUGUGGUGGGGUCGUCGGGGACAUCGCAGCUCCUGAGUCCAGGUCAUGGAAAGCGGCAUCUUCCGAUGCUCACCUUUAUUUCGGAGGGUGGUGCCCUUCAGAGCCUGGGAAGGUCCAAGAAGGCAGGGAAGAGGCCCACGUGCUCCCCUCGUCCCACCCGUUCUCUCUAGGGCAUGCGGCGCUUUGAAAAUGUCUUAACUCUGAUGUAAAUUUGCAGAGCCAGCCCCCCACUGCGGCAGGGGGUGGGCGUCUGUUCAUGGGUCCUGGGCCUCUUACGUGUGCCUCCCUCCGGCGUGCACGCGUGUCCUGCCCUGGGUCCCCGCGGCAGCGCCGUGUGUGUACAGAUUUAUAGGCUUGUGUGACUGGAUGAAUGUACAUGUGUUUAUACCUUCUCCGUGUACAGUGUACAUAGCGUGUGUGUACAUAGGUGUACAUUAUGUAUACAGACGUGUAGCCACGUACCCAGAUUCUGCUGUUUUACAGAGAACCCGUGACAAGAGUUGCCACAGUAAGUUGCUGUGGGUGUCCCAAGGUCGCAGGACAGGUCUGCUGAGAUAUCCUUAACUCCAUUUUCCUUUGGGUGAGCCUGGCUGGGAAAGGCCAGAGGUCAGAAUCGCUACACCGAGAGUUCCAGACAGAAAGGCCCUGGCAGGACCACACUCGCUUCUCCAGGCUCAGACAAGGGCCAGGAAGCUAGAAGGCAGUCUAUCCUCAUGUCCAAAACCAGGUGGGGACUUUGAACCUAGUCAUUACACACCGACCUGUGGCCUGAGCAAAGGAACUCGGCUGUGAGAGCCGACGCCAUCCCGCCUGCGUCUGGGCCCGAGUCCCAGUGCGGUAGCAAAAGCCCACCUGCCCUGGGCUCGGUCAGCAAAUGUGGGCACCGCCCUGUGACCAUCUCCCUAACACAGUCGAAAAACAAGUAUUCUUUAAAAAUAAGCAUGAAUGGUGAUUGCUAACUUUUAUAACAUAAAAUUAUAAAUUACAAAUCAUAAAUUACUUCUCUAAAUGUAGCACGUAAAUGAAGUCCACUGACCUUGUUUCUGUAAAUUAUGAUUUAAAAAUCUUUAAAUUUCAGAUAAAAAUAGGAUUUUAGUAUGGAUGUAUGCCCUUAAAGCCACAGAUGCAAAUGUUCCUCAUCCCACUCUAUCCUGACGAGUCUCCCCCAUUAAUCGGGCUGUAAACUGAGACCCGGCCCAGCCGGAGAGGCUCACAGACCUGGCAGGCGGGGGCCUGGUGGGGGCGCCACCUGGUAAGUGCAGAAACUCAUCGUCCACAGGUUGCUUUUUAAAAAAAAAAAAAAAAAAGACAUGUUUGAAAACCCUUCAUUGAGACCACAGUACUCAGUGCCUUUUGUGAGACGGCGCAUCCUCAGCCUUCAGCUUCCCGCAGCGUCGGGCCUCUCCGCGUCUUGGCCCGGCGUGACAAUCACACUGUGGGAGGUGGCUUUCCAGUUAAAGUACAAGCGGGAGGAAGCCUGACAGCCUCCAAACGGAUCUUUAGAAGUUUCCCUUUGGGGCUACUUUUCUUAACUGUAAUCUAAGAAUAAUUAAACUGAGUUUAAAAAAGGCGUCCUGGGGGUGGGGUGAGGGAGGUCUGAGGCGUCUUCAAUGCCCAGCUGUACUUGCAGUUAAGGAACCAGCAAUGCUUUUGAAAUGCUGGGGGAAAGGCUCAGCAGCAUUUAUCGGCUGACAGACUGUGCUGAAGCUCAGUACCUAGGAUGACGCCUGGAAACAGCAGACUCCACAUUAAAAAUUGCUUUUCCUUAGGAAAGUGUGAUCGGUUAUCAUUCUAACACCCGGGCGCUCAUGGACUCCAGUGCUGGACUAUUUUUCUAGUCUCUCCGUUCUCCCAGUUACCUUGUAAACCAGUGUUCAGCUAGUUUUAUAACUGAAAGAUGUACAUUUUUCAUAGUACAAACCAUAGUUUUUACCUGUAGUUUGGACCUCUCUGUUAAAAUGUAGCUGCAUUACCAGGCCUUUUGAAAGAAGUCUGUUAAAGGAAAUUUGGGUGUUAGAUUUUCUUGGGACCGUUUCUGUAACCUCUGCCCUUCACAAUAUAGAAAAUACUGUUUAUGCCAUUACAGUUUAAUUCCAGGUUUAAAAUCUGUUGAAGGCUGUAGAUUGAAAUCAGCUUUGUUUAUGUGAUGGCAUUUAAAAAAUAGCAUGUUUCUUUUUAAACUGAAUUUUAUACCUAAUCAAUGUCUUCAGUCUUGGAGAAGAAUUUGCAUUGUUGUGUUUGUAUAUAGUGUAUUGCAGUGCAUGAAUUAGCUUUAUGCAUUUUAUUAAAUGCUGUUUCCAUGUGGCAUUAUUGUUGUGGCUUAAUUACUACUACCUAAAUGAGGUUUAUACUAUUAAAGUGAAUUAAAGGCUAA